UUCCCAAGCUCUUUAGGGUUCCUAUAAAUAAAAAGCCUGCUAAUUCGGAGUCAGCAAUAGGCAGUCAUCCAGUGAAGCUGCAUCCAAUAAAAAUGGCUAACAAGCUUACCAUCGCACUCCUGCAACUUCCCGUGGGCGCGGAUGUGGCCUUCAACGUGCGCCGGGCGGUGGACAGCGUGAGGAAGCUGAAGGCGGAGAACCCGAAGCUGCAGCUGGCCAUUCUGCCGGAGAGUUUCAACGCUCCCUAUGGCCAGGAGCACUUCCCCAAGUUCGCCGAGCAGGUGCCGGAGGGACCCACCUGCCAGUCGCUGUCGCAGCUCGCCCGGGAGCUGGGCAUCUACAUAAUCGGGGGCAGCAUCGUGGAGCGCGAGGGCACGAAGCUGUACAACACUUGCACCGUGUGGGCGCCCAACGGAAGCCUCAUUGGCAGACAUCGCAAGAUCCACCUCUUCACCAUGAGCAUUGAGCCCGCCAACGCCGGCGGCGUGCAGUUCGACGAAGCGGCUGUCCUGACGGCGGGAUCGGAGUUGACGGUCGUGGAGAUUGGGCAGCAGAAGGUCGGCAUCGGCAUCUGCCACGACAAGCGCUUCGAGGAGCUCGCCAGGAUCUACCGCACCAUGGGCUGCUCCAUGCUGGUCUACCCGUCCGCCUUCUGCAUCUGCCAGGGACCGAUGCACUGGGAGCUCCUCCAGCGAGCCCGGGCCACCGACAACCAGGUGUUCGUGGUCACCUGCUCGCCCGCCAGGGACAACAUGUCGGGCUACGUGGCCUACGGCCACUCGAUGGUCGUGAAUCCCUGGGCACAGGUGCAACGCGAGGCCGGCGAGGGAUGUGAGUUCAUUGUCGAGGAAAUCGAUUUUGACAUGGUCGAGCAAGUGCGAAGGCAAAUCCCCAUCUUCAAGCAACGGCGCACUGAUGUAUACGCUAAGGCCCGAUUGGAUUCGUAAUGUUUUUCAGCAAUGCCAAGCACCAAAUUAAGUGAAGAAAUCUUGAGAGCAGCGGGAGAGAAAUUCACUGAUAGGACUUGACAUGCUUAUCGCAUCGGAAAUAUACAAAGCCAUAGGCAGCUACUGAAUCGAAACAAGAGCUCGAAUUGAGCAACGCACCGUGGACUUACAAAAGCAAAAAUAUUAAAAUAAACAAAUUUACUAGCAUAUAUCGGCAUUUUAAUAUGCUGUUAGCCUAAUCAGAAUAAAAAAUUUUUGUAUUUGUUUUAUUAUCUUCA